AUGCUAGAAGCGAGAUCACCACACCAAGAAGGAAGCUACUGGUAUUAUGCACCAAAUAAAGGUGCUCCUAUUGCCUUCGCAUUGCUUUUUGCUGCGUCCGGUGUCACGCAUAUCUACCAGUGUUGCAAAUACAAAUCAUGGAAGGUGACAGGCUUGCUGCCAUGGUCCGCUACACUCUUCACAGCAGGGUUCAUUAUGCGGACCAUUGGCGCUUUCGGUCAAUGGGACGAUUUAGGCAUAUUCAUCGCGAGUAAUGUUCUCUUGCUGGUGGGACCUCCUGUCUACGAAGGAGCCAACUUCUUCACCUUGGGUCGCCUUCUUUACUAUGUCCCCUACCACUCGCCAAUUCAUCCCGGCCGAGUAUUUUCAACAUUUGUUGCCUUGGGUAUCGUGAUCGAGGCGAUUACAGCGAAUGGGGCUUCUCUGGUGGCCAAUACAGACAAUAGUAUCAGCAAGCAGAAUACUGGCAAAGCGCUACUCAAAGCUGCACUAAUUUUACAGAUUGCCUUGAUGCUGGGAUUUGUCGCCCUUGCAAGCAAAUUCUACCUCAAUUGUCGUCGUGCAGGUGUCUUGAACAACAAGGUCAAACGUCCCUUGUAUGUUCUAUUAUGCAGCUGUACACUUAUCACGGUGCGAACCAUCUACCGAACGGUCGAGUACUUCACCGCUGCGAGCCUCAACAUUCACAACGUUUCAGAUUUGAGUCCCAUUCUGAAAGACGAAUGGUUCUUCUGGGUUUUUGAGGCAGCCGUCAUGUUCACAAAUACCACUUUACUCAAUGUCUUCCAUCCCAUGCAAUGGCUCCCACGCUCGAACAAGAUCUAUCUCGCAAAGGACGGUGUCACAGAGAUUGAAGGCCCGGGAUUCGAAGAUGGUCGACCGUUCCUACAGACCCUCAUUGAUCCUUUUGAUGUGAUCGGCCUCAUCGCAAAUAAAGGAAGGAAGGAGAAGUACUGGGACGCUCUCGAUGCGAACGAGAAAAGGUCAUCCCCUGCUCAAGUGUGAGGCUUUCACUCUCUCUUCUCUUUGCCUCGUUUACCCAUU